UUUUGCUCUUCACGAUAAGCGCCAACAAGGAUACACAAAACACACUUGUACACAUAAACACUGACACUCCUCCAAGUGUUAACAUUUUUCUUGGCAUAACAUCAUACAUGUCACUUCCUCCUUCACUUUCUUCCUCUAUAAAACCCUCCUGUGCAAUCUCUAUUCGCCACACACCACCAUAAAAACAAUCAACAAUGGCUUACAAAGCUUCUUUGUUCUUAGCUUUCUUUCUUCUUGUUUCCACUUCCCUUGCUCGCCAGCAACAACACCAACAGCAGCAACAACAGCAGGAACAACUAAGAAAUGUUUGUCAGCUUCGAAACAUCGAUGCUCUCGAACCAAACUCUGUUGUCCAAGCUGAAGCUGGUCUGACUGAGUUCUGGGACGCUAACAACCAACAGUUCCAGUGUGCUGGUGUUGACUUUAUUCGUCACAGGAUCCAACCUGGUGGCCUUCUUUUGCCUUCCUAUGUCAACACCCCCAUCUUGGCCUUCAUCGAAAAAGGUAAGGCUGUGCAAGGAGUUAUAUUGCCAGGAUGUCCAGAAACCUUUGAAAUUUCACAGCAGCAACAGUUUUCUAGCCAGGGCCAGCGACAGGGCCAGCAACAGGGCCAGAGAUUUGAUCAACAAGAUCGUCAUCAAAAAGUAGAGAACUUGUACCCUGGUGAUGUCGUUGCUGUUCCCACUGGUGCUGCCCACUGGCUUUACAACGAUGGUGAUAACGAACUUGUUGUUGUCGUUUUCUUUGAUGCUCAGAACAGUGAUAACCAGCUUGAUCCAAACCACAGGAGAUUCUUCUUGGCUGGUAACCCACAAGAUCAAAGCCAACAAUCCCAGGGACGACAACACACACGAGAACAACAACAACAACAACAACAACGUCCGGAUCAACGCCCUAGCCGCCAACACCAAUCUCAACAACAAAACGCCGGCAACAUCUUCAGAGGAUUCGACACCGAAUUUAUCGCAGAAGCAUUCAAUGUCGACCAAGAAACCGCCCAAAAACUUCAAGGAGAAAGAGACCAAAGGGGCCACAUUGUUAACGUCCAACAAGGCCAACUUCAAAUCAUCCGUCCACAACAGCAGCAACAACAACCAUGGGGCCAACAGCAACAACAACCAUGGGGGCAACAACCACAAUACCCAUGGGGGCAACAAAGGGGGCAAGGACAACAACCACAAUACCCAUGGGGGCGACAACAAGGUGGAUCCGGAUCCGGUAGAAACGGGUUGGAAGAAACCAUCUGUAGUUUGAAGGUUAAGGAAAACAUUGACAACCCAACACACGCCGAUUUCGUGAACCCACAAGCCGGUCGAAUCUCGAACCUCAACAACUUCAAAUUCCCAAUCCUUCAACUACUCCAACUCAGCGUUGAACGAGGCGAACUUUACCCAAAUGCAAUCCAGGCUCCACACUACACAUUCAACGCCCACAACCUUGUCUACGUAACGGACGGAACCUUGAGGGUACAGAUUGUGAACCACGAAGGAAACUCGGUUUUUGAUGACGAACUUAACCAAGGACAAGUUGUGGUCAUUCCUCAGAACUUUGCUGUGAUCAAGAAAGCUGGUCAACAAGGAGCCAGAUGGGUUUCUUUCAGGACAAAUGAGAAUGCGAUGAUAUCGAACCUUGCUGGUCGUGUGUCUGCCAUCAGGGGCAUGCCCGUCGGUGUGGUCGCGAAUUCGUAUCAGAUUUCGGUACAAGAGGCUCAACGUUUGAAGUAUAACCAACCAGAGACUGUUUUGCUUACCCCAGGACGUUAUUCCAGGGAACAGAUCCAGAAGGCUGCGGCUUAAGUGUAGUAUGAUACAUCGAGAGCUUAAUUAUGUAUGAUGAUGAGAGACUUCUUGUAAAAUAAUGUAAGAGCGUAAUAAGAGCUUAAUGUAAUGUAAGAGUAAUAAUAAAAGCUUAAA